UAUUUUUCUCUCUCGCAAAGUCCCAAAAUCUUUACCAGUUUUAAGUACUCCAAGAAGCUUUGGUUAUGGUGUAAAAAGAAAAAGCCUUUCAAGUACUGCCAUAACCCAUCCAAAAAAAAAAACCUUCCUUUACCACCCACACACUCUCUCUAUCUCUCUCAUCAACACACAGCUAUGAGAGUUAAGCAGUAAAGGAGCUAAAAAUUGCUUUCUUUUUUUUCUCUUUUUUAUUUUUUGGAGCUGGUGUAAAAAAAUGGGAAAAGAAGAAAGCUACUUGUAUGGUUGGCCACCGGUAGGUUCACCAUUGAAUGUUGGAAGAGAAGAACAAUGGAGACAUUUUGAUAACUCAGUGAAUGCAGUGUCUUUUGGUUUCGUUGCUACUGCUAUUCUCAUCUCUAUGUUCUUAGUAAUGGCUAUAUUUGAACGGUUCCUUAGACCUAAUAACUCUUCUACUACUGCUGGACCUAACCAUGGUGACCUCGAGCUUGGUUUCAAUGGCAAACUUAGUCACCCAUCACCUAAAAUGACGGUAUACACCAGUGGAGUUUCUGUAUUAAUGCCGGGUGAUGAAAUUCCUACUUUCAUCGCUCACCCAGCUCCAGCUCCAGUUCCCUGUCCCCCUGAACGCCCUUCAUUACCGCAGCAUCAACAUGAUUUAACGGCCAAUCCCGACUACCAUAACCAUUGACACAAGUCAUUGAGAGAGAAACACAACAAACUGAUUCCCACAUGCUACACCGAACAACUAUCACAAUUACUCUCCCGGAAGGAAGUUUUCGAUGACCAAGUAGAGACCGUCUAGUUGGAUCGGAGUUGCCCUUUUUUCUCCGCUUCUCGGCCAUAAAGAUCUAUAUAUAUUGUGUAUAUAGAGAGAGAGAGUUUUUGGUGGAUUGCCUAGCUAUGGCAAUACUUAAAAAUUUCCACCAUUACAUGUAAAAAAAGUCGAGGUAAUAUUAGUAUAAUUGUUCUUUUGAGAAUAUGGAAAGAAGUUUCAAAGGGCAGCUUGUUACAUAUGGAAUGGAAAUUAAUUGUAAAACAGUGUAUUUAAUUUUUAAACCUCCAUAUUUACCCCA